CGGCGGCGGCAGCGCGCGGUGCAGACGGCACGGUAAACCCGGGCGCACGGGGGGCGCGAGGACAGGUGCUCGAGGAUUUCUAUCGCGGAUUACAGUGCAGUGUGGGGUCUGUACGGGGGUCCGGAUGAAGAUGAGGAGGAGGAGGAGGAGAGCGUGAUGGACGGGCGCGUGUUUCACCUGCUUCCUCGAGACUCUCGGGCAUGGAUGGGGGGAGACAUACAGGGUUGCAUAUAAUCAGUGCUGACGCCCCCUGGUGGCCAGGAGGAGUCGUCAGGGAUCGUCCUGCCUGGCUAGAGUGAUCCGAGCUGGGGUAGAAAUGGAGCGUUACCUGGGGGAAACCUCUGGAACUCCCCCUUCACUCAAUGGCACCAAUGCCACUUCAACCCCAGGGGCGGCGUUCCCCGUUUCCAUGGUUACAGAGCGCCUGGCGGUGGUGGUAACUCUGGGUUUGCUAACGCUAUCGACCGCAGUGGUGAACGUGGCCGUGAUUGCGGCAAUCUUCACCACAAGGAAGCUCCAGCUGCCCGCCAACUACCUCAUCUGCUCGCUGGCUGUCACAGACUUUCUCGUGGCAGUGCUGGUGAUGCCACUGAGCAUCCUGUACAUCACCACGGAGACGUGGUGCCUGGGCCAGGUGAUGUGCGAGGUGUGGCUAAGUGUGGACAUGACCUGCUGUACAUGCUCCAUCCUGCACCUGUGUGUUAUUGCGCUUGACCGCUACUGGGCCAUCACCAAAGCCAUCGAGUACGCCCGCAAGAGGACCCCCCGCCGUGCCGUUGUCAUGGUAACCAGCGUGUGGGUCAUCUCCAUCUUCAUAUCCAUGCCGCCUCUGUUCUGGCGGCACCGUGGCGACUACAACGGCCCUAGCGAGUGCUUCAUAGAGCACGACCAGGUGGGCUACAGCGUCUACUCCACGUUUGGCGCCUUCUACAUCCCCAUGACGCUCAUCCUGAUCCUGUACUCGCGCAUCUACAGCGCCGCCAAGACACUGUACCAGAAGCGUGGCUCAUCUCGGCACCUCAGCAGCCGCAGCACGGACAGCCAGAACUCGCAGCCGCACCACUGCCGGGUCACCCACGCCUUCUGCGUGUCCGACCUGUCCACCUCCGACCCCACCAUGGAGUUCGACCAGCUCAACGUUGACCCGCUGGCGGACGAGCGGAACCAGAUCUGCAGCUCUCGCGAGCGGAAGGCCGCCCGCAUCCUAGGCCUUAUCCUGGGUGCCUUCAUUGCCUGCUGGCUGCCGUUUUUCGUAAAGGAGCUGCUGGUGGGCCUGAAGGUGCUGCAGCCGUCCCGCAGGGUCUCCGACUUCCUCACCUGGCUGGGCUACGUCAACUCACUGAUCAACCCUCUGCUGUACACCAGCUUCAAUGAAGACUUCAAGCAGGCCUUCAAGAGACUGCUGGGACGCAAAGAGCACACAUAGACCAGAAGGAACAGUUGGAGAAAUGUCAAAUAUACACACGCUGCAAAAAAUGAGAGGAGCAUAUUGUGCUGAUCUUCUAACCCUAAAAUCAGUAAAUAUAUCAUUCGUUUAAGGCACUGUGGCUGGUUUUAAGUGACACUAAUUUGAUCUGAUGUCAUAGUAAUAAUAGUAAUCUAAAAUUAGCAAAAAGUAUCAUGAAUCUUGUUUCAAGCAGUUUCUUAAAACCUCAUUGUGCAUUAAAUUUGACACUGUAAUCCUUAAAAUGACUGAAAACACUUGAAAAGCUUCACCUACCAUAAUAACAGUGAAACAUGGUGGAUCAAAAAGGCCCAAAACAAAUCAAGCUGAUCAUGUGGCAACACUGGCCGUCUUAAACCAGAAAAUGUUUACUUUUUUUUUUUAUUGUGAGAUUAACAGUCUAGAUUAGAUUUACAUGUAUGAGAUUAAUCAUCCCCUUGCGAUAAUAGAACGUAUUUAAACAUGACUUAUUUUAGGAAAGCAGUGUGUUGGGAAUGUUUUUAAGAUUAUAAAAUGAGACUUCUGCCCAGUUAAAGUCUGGAAAUAAGCAAAGUUGUGCUGAAAUUUCAACUUUCAUAGUGAAGUGUUUCAAAUUUUUUAGGUUUCUACUUUUAUAUUAACAGGUUAUAAUUCUCUCAUUUCUCUAAGAGAACUGUGACGUUUGUCAAUGCUGGCUGAGUAAUCUCAUACAAGCAAAUCUAGUCUGUUCAUCUUUAAACAAUCGUGUUUUCAAAAUUUCUGGGCCAAAAUGAAAAACAAAUCCUCUAAUUCAUGUCACUUCAGUUCUUUACUAAAAAACAAUGCACAUAGAUUUGCAUUUUAAAAACAAAAUGCUGCACUGGUGUCAGAAUUUAAUACAAUCCUCCUUAAAAUGUAAUGAAAGCACGACUAUACUGCAUUCCUCUGUGCAGUACUUUAAACAGAUUUUCCUCAUUGAAAUAUAUCAUAACAGUUGAAACAAUGAAAUUCAUUUUUGUACUUCAGAUGUAUUUGCCUCAUUGAAAUACAACAAGAACAGUGAAAUGCAGCACACACAUGAUUGCAUUUGAACAGCAAAAAUAAAAGUUGCAUUAUACUGUAUAGUAAGCAUUAUACUGAUUUAUCGCAGUUUAAAAUGCUGCACAGUGGAAAGCAGUAUUGCCAUGUCUUCAUUACAGACUGUGUUCAAUUCUGACACCAAUGCAGCAUUCAAAUAAUAUAAGAUAAUCCUUUAUUAGUCCAACAAAGGGGAACUUCUCAGUGUUAGAGCAGCAAAGGGAGAGCAAGACACUCAAGAAGAGAAAAGAAAUAACAAGAAGAGAAAGUAACAAUUAAACUUUUUAAUUAUUUAACAAGGUUUUUACAGUUUGAUACUUGUUUAUAGACAAUAUGUAUGUUAGUAAAUCAUCCACAAAAAUGUACAAUCUAAAGGAUUAUAAAUUAAUAAAAGCUAAAAUAUUUACGCUGUAAGGAUAUUUUACAUAGAGAAUUACACAGGAGGUAUAUUUUUGAAAUGCAAAUCCUUAUGCGUUGUUUUCCAGUAAAGAGUUCAAGCGAGGUUUAAAUGGUGUAAUUGAGGGGUUUUUUUCUGUGCAUGUAACUAUAGAACAGUAAUGUCGUGUGUUCACUGCAUUUCAGGUUCUUCCACUGUAGUGAUGUUUUUCUCUCCAUACAAACUGGGUGAAUAUGACAUUUCUACAAACUACCCAUUAAAAUUGGUGGGUCAGGAUCUGUGAAGCACUUCGGGGACUCCUUAUGACUAAAGUUGUGAUUCUCACGUUUCUGGGGAGCCACGGCGUGUCUGUCAGUAAGUGCUGUGUGUUCAAACUCCCGAAAUUGCUCUAAUUCAACCUGAGAUUAACCGAGCUAAAAACUCUGGUCAUUAUGGGUCACUAUGUGUGUUCGCCUCAAUGCGUUGUAAAUCAACUAGCACUCAGGGUGGCGCUGUUCUGCAGUUUUUGGCUAGGGAUUUGAACCAAGAGGCCACAAAUCAUUAAAUCAUUGACCAAGAUUUGACCUUAAAGUUCAAUUUAGGCUACUUUAUUCUGGCUGUAGCAUCAUAUGCUGUGUCGGGUUAUUCUCAAACUAAAUAAAAUAUGUUUUUAAUAUAAUUCUGCUUUUACCCUCUUUG